AUGUCCGAGUCGAGCAUCCUCGCCUCGCAGCGCCAGAAUCCAGGGAUACCGGUCACCCAGCUCUUCACUCGCAAGGAACUGUUCGGCAAGGGCGCAUAUGGCGGCGUCUACAAGGCCGUGCAUAACCCGACGGGGACCGUCGUCGCUCUCAAAGUCAUCGACCUCGACACGCCCGACGACGAGGUCUCCGAGAUUCAGAAGGAGGUUGCCAUCCUGUCGGAACUGAGGGACGCUGCGAGGCACAACAUUACGCUCUACCAUGGCUGCUACCUCGUCGGGCACGAGCUGUGGAUUGCGAUGGACUUUGCGAGCGGCGGCAGUAUCCGGACCCUCAUGAAGAGCGGUCCGAUCGAGGAGAAAUAUGCGGCGCUGAUCGUGCGCGAGGUCCUCGUCGCGCUCGCCUUCCUUCACAAGCAGAACAUCAUCCACCGCGACGUCAAGGCUGCCAACAUUCUCCUCACCCAGGCCGGCAAAAUCCUUCUCUGCGACUUCGGCGUCGCCGCACAUCUUCAAGCAAAUUCGAAGCGCUCGACCUUCACCGGCACACCUCUCUGGAUGGCGCCCGAGGUGAUCACGGACGGCAAGAUGUACGACACCAAGGCCGACAUCUGGUCACUGGGCAUCACGCUGUACGAGAUGGCGACCGGCAACCCGCCGUACUUUGGCAUGGAGCCGCUACGAGCGUGCGCGCUCAUCCCGAGGAGCCAGCCGCCGAAGCUCGAAGGCGGGACAUGGAGUGCCAACAUGCGGGAGUUCCUCGGCCUAUGCCUCCAGAUCGACCCGACGAAUCGCCCGACUGCCGACGAGCUCUCCAAGUCCAAGUGGAUCAAAUCGGCGUCGAAGCUCCCGAUGGUCCUCCUCCGCGAGCUCAUCGCCCGCUACGUCUCGUGGAUCCAGUCAGGCGGUCAGCGAACGUCAAUCGUCGGCGGCUUGAACGGGAGCGAGGAAUUGGCGCGGGAAGAUACGUUCGAGUUGGCGAACGACCAGUGGGACUUUGACGUCGACAGCGAUGAGGACGGCGAUAUGGGGAUCGGGCUUGGCAGGGUCGAGCCGCUGGGCGACGAGCCCCCUCGAACGCUGGACGAGACGGCGGCUGCGGGACAUGCGCGACCUCCGAAAGUUCCCGCUUCACGAAAUCACCCUCUCCUCCGCCUUUUCGACGAGGAGUCGAAUCCGUACGCUCAGCCUGCAGCGCAAACCGUCAUCAACCUUCCCUCCGGCUCCGCCAUCAACACUGUCAAGCCGACGAUCUCGAUUCCCUCGCUCGACGACCUCGAUGACAUGUCUGCCGAUUCGUCGCCUUUCGGCUCGAACGCUCCGUCCGGUUUUGGCUUUGGUGGCGCAUCGUCCUCAUCAUCAUUCGGCGGCAGCAAUUUCGGAUUCGGUGGCCUCUCCAACUCGUCUUUCGGGUCCUCCGCCCUCGAAGCGGCCGACGACCUGAUGUCGCCCGCGACGUACAAGCCGAAUCCGUUCGCCUGGACGCAGCAGAACAAGCAGCAGUCGAACGGCGGCUCGUCUCCCUUCAUGCCGCCAUCGCCACGCUUCACCCGGUCAGACACGCCCGACUCGGCUUGGGGCGGAUCAGGCAAUUCGCAUGCCCGCACAGGGUCGAGUACGCCUACCGACGCGCACUUCCCGACCGGCGUGCUCGACUUGCCCGCCCCGCCGCCUCUGCCGAACGGCGUGGCAGGUCCAGCCGUCACAUCGUCACCCUCGCUUCCCUCCCUUUCUUCUUCCGUCUCGGCUCAAAACGACGCGAAUAACCAACUGUCAGGCUCGGGUCCAAAUCGACCCUUCGCUUUCCCCGGUCCGAGACGACGAGCCGACACCGCUCCUUCUCGCCCACCCCCUGACAGCUCCAUACCCGCACCCUACCCUCCUCUCGGCCAAGGUCUACCCCGCGGUCCGCCUACGACGACGCAUUCGCCAGACGCUAUCGGUGGCGCCCCGGCACCCUAUCCGCCUCUCGGACCUGGCCUCCCCAGGCGGCUCGAGUCGCAGACUUCGCAGCCGCAACUACGAGGUCACGCGAAACAGACGAGCGGCUCGGCUUCGGCAGGGCAAGGAGGUUCGGGCGAUGCAGGGCCCGCCAUGGCUCGUCCCUUCGGCGGUACGAGCGCGCGAGACUUGAACAGGCCGUUCGGGUUCUCGACUGCUGCGCCCGCUGCGUAUGGUGCGGCAGCUGCCGGUGGACGUGACCGGGGCUGGAGCAAUGUAGGCGAACUGGGAAGGCCCUUCAGGGUCGCUGAGGGAGCACUGGCGGGCCGACUCAGGAGCGGGAGCGAUAGCGGGAAGCGGCAGGCGCUGCGAAUCACGACCUCGGCCGCGUCCACCUUGCCGCCUAUCACCUCACCUGUCGCGACGCCUACUUCCGCCGUCCCUCCGACACCCGGCGCUGGCGCGAACGGUCCGCCUUUAACCUCGUCGCCGAAGCACGCUCGCAACGUGUCGCAUCAGCGCAACGUGUCCGGCGCGCUACCCUACUCGUACAACAACCACUACCCCUUCCCCGCUCCUCCCGGUUCAGCGUCUGCCUCCUCCUCCUUCUCGUCGACGACGGGGCCACCGAUAUCACCAGCCGCCGCACCGCCGCUCCAGCGAGGCGACAGCCAGACUUCGCCUCGAACGAUUCCUGCGGCGCAGAUGAGCGGGGCUAGUGCAGGCCACCGACCUCGACUCUCGCAAUCGCAGACGGCGCCGACUGUUCCCUUUGCACAGGCGCAUCCGCAGGCUCACCAGGCGCACCACCUUCGGACUUCCUCAUCGGCGUCCAUGUUGUGCGAAGAAGCCGCAACGCCUCUCGCUGCGCCUCCGCAACCUGCUUCCCCCCCCUCGUCCAUCCCGUCCGUUCCGCCUACACAACUCGCUCUCUCGCUUCCUCCCGUCUCGGCCAGCUCAGCAGCAGGCCUCGUCGCCGGUCCCGGUCAGCGCAACAGCGCCAUCGGUUUCCCCUUCCCUCCCGUCGGCGACCUCGCCGUUCCCUCCUCCUCCGCUCCUCCCGGCUCAUCCUCCUCGACAUCCUCCUCGCCUUCCAACUCGAUCUCAAUUCGCGCGCAAGCGGCAAGAGGUGGAGCGAUCGCGACGCCUUUACCGCUCGUCAAGCCGCUCGACUACUCGACUCUUUCGACUCGGCCGGCCGUGCAGGGCGAGUUGGACGAGACUUUGCGCGAGCUCGGUCGGUGGCUGGCGGUGGUGGGCGAGGGUUUGGAGCGAGUGCUCGAAGGUGGAGUCGAUAUCGGAGUCGAUCUCGCGAGCCGACCCACGACCAGUGCUGGGGGCGCAGAAGGUGCAGGCGCGCAGGUCGCUGCUGUCGCAUAG